UAUGGGCGAUGAUAGCAAAAAUUCUGGUAAUAGUAAUGAUAAAAAUAAAUACAAUGUCAUUAUAAUCGGCGGUGGCAUGGCUGGACUAUCCGCUGCAAACUACCUCAUAAAAAAUGGUCACAAAGACUUCAUCAUUUUAGAAGCUAGAAAACGUAUAGGCGGACGAAUUAUAUCAAUUCCCCUACAAAAUCACAAAGUGGAACUCGGGGCGAAUUGGAUUCAUGGGGUUUUAGGUAAUCCUAUAUACGAAUUGGCCUCGGCAAACGGACUUAUAAAUAUUGUCAAUGUACCGAAACCACAUAAGGUUAUUGCAGCUACUGAAGACGGUAAACAAGUGCCUUUUGGAGUACUACACGAAAUUCACGAAGCUUACGUAUGUUUCCUUAGAAGAUGCGAAGAAUACUUCUUAUGUCAAUAUCUACCACCUCCCGACAUACACAGCGUCGGCGAGCACAUCAACUUAGAGGCUACCAUAUAUUUAGAACGACUACCGACGUCGGAGGAGAAAAGAUUAAGACGAUUGAUAUUUGACUGCCUACUCAAAAGGGAGACUUGUAUAUCUGGCUGCAACACCAUGGACGAUAUAGAUCUAUUAGAAUUAGGCAGCUACACAGAGCUACAAGGAGGCAACAUAAUGAUACCAUCAGGCUAUAGUUCUAUAUUGCAGCCGAUGACUAAAAAUAUACCGGCUGAAAAGAUACUAUCUAAUCAGCCGGUGGCUAAAAUUGUGUGGAGCUACGAGAAUUCACAGUUUGAAGAUUUAGGAGACGAAUCUGAAGAUUCUGAUCAAACUGUCAUAGAGGAUUUAUCUAAAGUAUCUUCCAGUAAACCAGAUCUCAGUGACAACAGAGACUCAGGAGAGAAACCAAAGAAAAGAAGUAAUCAUUUAGUUGAAGUUAUUUGUGAAAAUGGGCAGAGCUAUUUUGCUCAUCAUGUGAUAUGUACAAUACCUUUAGGAGUUUUGAAAGAGAAGGCGGCAGAGUUGUUUCAACCAGCACUGCCACAGUAUAAAAUGGAGUCUAUUGACCGACUUUUGUUUGGUGCGGUAGAUAAAAUUUUCCUAGAAUACGAGAGACCAUUCUUGAAUCCAGAUAUUACAGAAAUUAUGCUGCUCUGGGAGAGUCCAUCGCAACCCGAGGACAUAUCAAAGUCGUGGUUCAAGAAAAUUUACUCAUUUACAAAAGUCACAGAGACUCUGUUAUUGGGCUGGGUGUCAGGUAAAGAAGCAGAAUACAUGGAGUCCUUGUCUAUGGAAGAGGUUGGAAAUGUUUGCACAAAAAUAUUAAGGAAGUUUUUAAAUGAUCCUUUUGUACCUGAACCUAAAACUUGUGUAUGUACAAGCUGGAAAAACCAACCAUAUUCAAGGGGUUCUUACACUGCAAUCGCUGUUGGUGCAAGUCAAGGCGACAUAGAGAGCUUAGCACAACCAAUAUUUAGACAUGUUCAUGAUAAAAAGCCUGUUCUGCUCUUUGCUGGAGAGCAUACGCACAGCAGCUUCUACUCUACAGUACACGGCGCUUUUCUGUCGGGCCAAGCAGCAGCACAGCGGUUGUUAGCACCAGAGGUGGUCACAGAAAACGAAGUCGCAACCACCACAUCUAGUGACCUCCACAAUUGGAUCGAAGGUAUACAGUUGGAGGGAUAACAUAAUGCUUUCAAGUUAUCCAAAUUGUGUACUCACUUCCACUCAAAAUUGAAAUUUAUGUUUUCUAAAAAUAUAUUCCCAUGAUUCCAUAGUAUUUCUAAGACCGCUUCUUUUAAUUGGGAAACUUGUAGAAAAUCAAUAUUUGUAAACUUUUAUUUAUUUACAAAAGGUUACGAAUUCUAUUUUUUACGAAUGAAUUUAAUUCAUAGUGGCAAAUUGCAGUUUAUAAUAAAUUUAUAAAAUAAAAUUAGGAGCAGACAUUGUGAGAUUGAGCCCCCAUUAUUAUGACCUGCACAAAUUUAGCACCCCAUCGAAGGAUUUUUGAAAUCAAAAUGACCUUAAUCGAUAGGUCUACGUUAGG